CACCCUGAACGCCCCUCUCAGUUCAGCGACCGGCGCGCGCGCACCACGGUGACAUUUCCCCGUCGGCCUCAAAGUCAUCCCCCUGCACGAGCCGCCACCCCGGCGCGGCUGAGAUGUGGCCCUCCGUGUCCCGCCGUCCACCGCCCACCACCCGCCGCGCGGCCCCUCUAUCCGCGCCACCUGGUCGCGCGCCCGCCACACGCGCUCCUCGCGCGUCAAGACUAACAAUGCAAAUAAGAAAAGCGAGAUUAAAAAGCACUUAUUUGAACUUACACAUGUUUUUCAUUGUUAUAACGACACAAUUUCCCGAUGAAUUUUGUACUCCCUAAAACCUCUUUUCUGCCAUGAAUAACUUUAUGUAAAUUGAAGUAAAACCGUUUUGUUUUUUGUGUUUUUACCCGGGUUCGAGGUCCCCAUCGCACGCCAAAGACGUGAGCCCCCAUCACCGGGCCCGGCGUGAUGGGCACGAGGAGACGCCUCCUCUAUGUAAACAAAUACAAUAUUUAUCUGCGCUUUCGAGCUGCUGCUUCUGUCCGGUGGGGGCGGGGUGCUGCGAGGGCGGGUGGGGGUCCGAGGAUGGAGUCAUUAGAGUGUCCCUCGCGAUACACUCCUCUUCCACCUCUCCGAUCGCGCCACGCGAGCUAUAUAAGGUCGGCGCGAGGACACGACGAAGAGAAGCGUCCAGAAGAACCGCUGGAACCGGCGCCGGUGGAGUCAUCAGCUCUCGUGGAGUCAUCAGUCCUGCUGAGGUCAUCGAACCUGCUGGAUCCCCAAGCGUCCCGAUCCGCCCCCACCACCAUGCCGCCAGCACGAGGCGCGCGCCCGGCGGCACCGUGCGCGCGGAGGCCGAGCCUCGCGACGCUGACGGCCGCGUACGCGGCGCUGCUGCUGCUGUCGGCGAGCGUGGCGUGCGCGCGCGGCUCCACGCUCAGGCACGAGCUGCACACGGGACACAACGUGGACAACAGAAGUCCAGAGAUUGACCCCUUCUGGUACGUGGGUCGUGGCGUACGGCCCAUCGGCCGAUUUGGCAAGCGGCAGAACACCAGCGGUGGCUUGGGGCCCCUUGCCGGCACCCUGGAACUCCUCCUGGGCAGCCUGAGGGGAAAGGAGCUGCGAGGCCUGGCCAAGACGCUAGCAGGGGAAAAUGCUGACUGGUUGCCAUGACAACAGUCAGCCCCUCCCCCUCGAAUCGGAACAGGUCUGUCUUUUUGACCAGGAUCGGCGUCUUUUUGUGCUUUCGAAAGACCUGUGCCCGAUGUGUUGGUUAAAUGCAAACCUGCACUUGCUGGAAAAAACCCUGUACAUAUAAAAAAUUUACAUAUAUAUUAAUAAAUAAACAUAUACAUA